AUGGGUCGCCACAGGAAAUACCUCCACAUUGAAAGUUCUCCUCCAAGUGUGAAAGGGAAUGUGGCCCAGCUAAAUCCUCCCUGCUGCCACCUGCUGGUGUGGCAAAAAUCAGGAAACCAAGGCCAUGAGUGGCAGUUGGUGCAAAGCCACGUGACUGAACAGGAAGUCCACCAAGUGAUUCUAGAGGCUACGGUGGGUGGAGAGGCAGGGGACAUAGCCAUCGAUGAUGUCUCCUUCAUCAGUGGACCAUGUCCUGCCACUGAUUUAUGUGACUUUGAAGAGGGAAACUGUAAUUGGCAGCAGGACACCACUGAUGAUGCUGAAUGGGUUCGCCACUCAGGAUCCACCCUGAACCCCAAUACUGGGCCUGAUGGCGACCACACCACUAACACGUCCUAUGGACACUACUACUACCUGCUCUCCACUGCUGCUGACCUGCACGGACAGCGAGCCCAAAUGAUGUCACCAUUUACAUAUCAGGAGUUUGUGUGCAGCUGUGGUACCCACAUGUAUGGAGAAGGCACAGGAACCUUGAAUGUUUACCAGCAGGAUGAUCAAGGGAAGCAAUCGCUGCUCUUCUCCCAAGCUGGAGACCAGGGCCUCCUGUGGAGGUUUACCCAGGUUCCAGUGGUGCCCUGGGAUCCGGCUUACAGGAUUGUGGUGGAAGGCAUAAAGGCUGGUCCUUCCCAGGAGGGAGAUAUGGCUUUCAAUGAUGUACGGGUGAUCAAUACCCGCUGCUCUCCUCCUGGAUAUUGUGACUUUGAGAGCAGUAUGUGCAACUGGUGCAACGUGGGAGGAGGAGUUGAUCAUGGGGACUGGCUCCGAGGAAGAGGAGCCUCUUUAAAUCCCAACACUGGUUCCGAUGUCGAUCAUACCACCAACUCAACAAACGGUUUCUAUCUAUAUGUGGACAGCUCAGUGGGUCAGGUGGGAGACAUGACCUUCCUGAUCAGUGACGUACUUCAGCCCAUCUCAAGUGUGCACUGUCUUAAAUUCUGGUAUCGAAUGUAUGGCAGUCAACGUGCCAUUCUCAGAGUCUACAUAAAUAACAGAAGAAUGCAUGACGCUGGAAAUGACAAAGGAAUUCUACAUUGGAUUAAGGCGGGAAACAAUGACAUUGUAUGGCGUGAGGCCAGUGUGACAGUUCACCACGAAGAAGCCUUCUGGGUAAUAAUGAUUUUAUGACACUUUCAUACUGCUACUGUGCAACCAAAUCCUCCACCCUGCCAGUUGUGGAGAGGUGAUUGUUUUUAGCCAC